AUGCGACCAGUUGAUACCUCUUCGGUGGAUGAUAUGGGAAUUAAUGCAAAAAUUGAUACAAAGAAGGAAAAGGCCUGGCGUUGGUUAAAAAUGGCUUGUGGUGAAAAUCCAAAGGCUCAACAUGGUCCUCGUAAGGAGGCUCCUACAACUCGGCUCGGAGAAGCAUGGCUAUUCCGUAAAUUCUUUUCUGAGGCACAAGCAUUGAAACAGAAGCAAGAUGAUUGGUGUAACGCUGCAACAAAAUUAAGUAACAAUGAACAAUUGAACUCAUAUUUCCCGGAGGACCUUCAACUCGAAAAAACAAUGAUUCGGCAUUCCUUGGAAUUUAAUUUUACUAUUGAAGCCAUACAUCAUGCAUCAAGUGCUUAUAUGAUUACUGAUAUUAUUAAAAAACGAGCAAAAAAUAAUAUUACUGUCGUAUUAUUUCCUGACCUUUGGGGGCAUAAAAAAGAAUUAUUUCAAGCUAGUACAAAAGCUCCUAAAAUUUUUGCAAAUGCACAAAUUCCUGUAGCAUUUAAGUCCGAUCAUCCUAUAACAAAUGCGCAACAUUUGGCAUAUCAAGCUUCUAAAGCUUAUCAUUAUGGCCUUGAUGAACAUCAUUCUCUUGCGGCCAUCACAUCAGUGCCUGCAAAAGCACUUGGUCUGGAUCAUCGAAUUGGUCAAAUUUCUUUAGGAUAUGAUGCUGAUGUUGUGGUUUGGGAUUCUCAUCCUCUUUCAUUGGGUGCAACUCCAUUAGAAGUAUAUAUUGAUGGAAUUCCUCAAUUCAACACUUCUUUAAGUGUGCUGAGCAAUGAAACAUCAAAACAAACUCUAUUAUGUAAUACAAAUGUGUCUGUGCCAAAAUCUGAUCUUGCCGGAAAGCCUGUUAAAUCACGAACAACUUCCUCAAUCAUACUAAAAAAUAUUGACAGAAUUUAUGUUAACAAAAAUCACACACUUUCAUCAAUAGAAGGGAUAAUUAAUAUCAUAGUUAAGGAUGGCAUUAUUGAAUGUAUUGGUACUAAUUGCAUAAUUCCAAGUAAUAUUUCAUCAUAUGAAAUAAUAGAUUUAAAAGGACUAGCGGAGAUCGAAUUAGAAUCAUCUGCAAGCGAUGGGCAAGUUGUUCCAAUAAGCAACCCACAUGAUGUUGAGGAUAUUAUCUAUGCAAUAGAUGGAUUAAAACUAGGUGGAAAACAUUUAGAGGCUGCACAUAAAGCUGGAGUGCUCACAGCUGUAACUGCACCUCUUUCUUCUAAAGGCGUGUUUAUGGGAGUUUCUAUGGCAUUUAAAACUGGAGCUAGUUAUAAUAUUCCUUUAAUUGUAUAUGUCAACAGUAAAGACGAAAUUGCUUCUUUAAUUAGAUUGAAAAUUCAAAUUAAAAAUUAUGGGGGAAAUUUAAAGCUUGUUAUUUCAGGUGGUGCUGAAGCUCAUAUGCUCGCGAUCGAAUUGGCCAAGAAUGAAAUACCUGUAAUACUUAACCCAUCAAGACCUACCCCAAAGUUAUGGACAGCUCAACAUGUAUUAACAGGAGCUCCUAUUACAAAUAAGACGGGAAUAGAUAUACUUUAUGCAAAUAAUGUUAAGAUAGGAAUAGGUGUGGAUUUAUUUUCAUUAGGUUUUAAUUCAUAUUUAUUAGGAUUUGGCUUAGAAAGAAAUUUAGUUUGGGAUGCUGGUUGGGUAUUACAAAAUUCCAAAGGAUUGAUUUCACAAGAAGAUGCUGUUGGAUUUAUUACAUGGAACUUGGAAAAAAUUCUUGGUUUAAAUUUGAAAAAUGGGUUACUUAAAGGUAAUAGUGCAAAUUUUGUGGCAUAUAAUGGAAAUCCUUUCGAUAUAAAUACUAGAGUAAAGAUUGUUGCUGGCGGUGGUAGGAGGGAUAUUCUCAUUGAUCCAGAACAAGAUUAA